AUGGUCGCCAACAAGACCCUCGUCUUCAAAAAGAUCCCGACCUCGCAGCCGGUGCCGGGCGAGCACCUGGCGAUCGAAGAGCGAGAGAUCGACCUAGCCGCGGUGCCGGCGGGCGGGCUGGUAGUCGAGGUGCUCUCGGUGUCGCUGGACCCGUAUCUGCGAUUCAGACUGCGCGACCCGGCGGAGCCGUCGAUCCAGCCGGCGUUCGCAGUCGGCGCGGCGGUGGAGAAUGACGCGGUGGCGCGCGUGCUAGCGUCGGACGACGCGCGCUUCCGCGCCGGCGACGUGGUCGGCGCGCCGCUGCCGGUGGCGCAGUUCGCCGCCGUGAGCGCCGCGCAGCUCGGCCGCGUCGCCGUGCUCGCGAACCCGCACGCGCUGCCCGCCGAGUACUUCCUCGGCCCGCUGGGCAUGCCGGGGCUGACGGCGUUCUCGUCGCUGUACGAGAUCGGGCGGCCGCGCGCCGGCGAGACGCUGUUCGUCAGCUCCGCCGCCGGCGCCGUCGGGUCCAUGGUCGGGCAGCUGGCGAAGCGCGAGGGCAUGACGGUGAUCGGGUCCGUCGGGUCCGACGCGAAGGCCGCGUUCGUCACGCGCGAGCUCGGCUUCGACGCGGCGUUCAACUACAAGCGCGAGGCGCCGGCGGCGGCGCUCGCGCGGCUCGCGCCCGGCGGCAUCGACGUGUACUACGAGAACGUCGGCGGGGCGCACCUCGAGGCCGCGCUCGCCCACCUCAAGACCCACGGCCGCGUUGUCGUCUCUGGCAUGAUCCAGGACUACAACCGCCCGCUCGAGCAGCGCGCCGGCGUCCGCAACCUCGUCGAGUUCCUCUUCAAGCGCCUCUCCAUGCGCGGCUUCUUCGUCUCCGACCCGGACUUCGGCCCCGCCUACGCCGCCCGCCACCAGCGCGACGUCCAGGCCUGGCUCGCCGACGGCAGCCUGCGCGCCCGCCUGCACGUCACGACCGGCAUCGACCGCGCCGCCGAGGCGUUUGUCGAGCUGUUUGAGGGGAAGAACUUUGGCAAGGCCGUCCUGAGGAUCAAGGAGGAGUGA